ACACUCUUUACCGGCUAUCCAAAUAAAUAACCACAAAAACUUAAAGAAAUACUCAGAAGAAUAUAAUGUUGAUGUAAUUUUAAAAUUUCUCGUUUGCACUCUCGCAAUUUUUGAUAGAAAUUAAUCGAUUAAAUUCUUCGCGCCUUUUCGCUGGUUUCGAAAUUCAAACUUUGUGCAGAUAAAAUUACCAGCCAGUAACAUUCAAAGUAUUUUUGAAUAUUCUUGUGUUGCCAUUGGUGGUUAUUUUUUAUUUUAUAAAAAUGUGCAGAACUUAUUUUAUUUUUUGUGCUUUGGUGUGAAGUGUGUGUUCAGUGAAGUUACAUUUUGGAGACACCAUCUGUCGUAAAGGUGGAGGGCGACGCGAGAGCGACGACGCGGGUCGAUGCGCGUGCGACGGCCGCGUCCCGCCCGCGCCGCCCGCUCCCCCACCGCACCCCCUGCGAGCUCUGGAUGACAUGCCGGUACUCAGAUCCAACCCCCUAUAUAUCGAGGAAGAGGAACAAGAGGUAGUGAUAAUCGUGGACUCGCUGGAGGAAGCUGCAGAAGGGGAGGUGGUGGACGCGCCUCGCACCCCGCGCCGGGCGCCUUCUACAUCAUCAGGGUAUGGCAGCGGUGGCGGUAGCAACGGCCGCGUCUCCCCAAACUUACCAAAGACGGAGUUCAUUGAACCGCGACUGUCUGACUCCGACAAGAAUGAUGGAUCUCACACCACCUCCGACUCUGACAGCCCUGUAUGCACCCUCUCCAGGAGUCUGAAGGAGGAUAUCAGAUCGUGUUUAGGAGGUUGCAGAUGGGAGAAAGACGUCGGCGACGUCGUAGAAGCAGCCGUGAGAGGAGCGGGGGGUAUCAGCGCGGCGCGUGCGCGUCUUCACGCGGCCCUUUUGGCCCUGCACGAGCCCGCUCGCAUCCCGAACAGAGGGCCCUCGCUGCCUUACUGCGGCCCUGGGGUCAGGCCCGGUGACGUCACCAUGAUGCCCAAAACUACGGAGAUGUCUUUGCUGGCCGCCAGCGCUCUCUUCACGCUCGACGGGGCGCGGGGCGAAGCCCUAUCUCGGCGGCUGGCCCGCGGGGAGCGCCGCAGACGCCGGUGCCGGGCUGUCCUGGCCGUAGUAGCCCUCCUCCUACUCCUCGCGGCUGUUGGAGCGGUGGAACUACUCAUGUCCAAAGGCCAGAGGGUUUUUGGCGCUGUACUUCGGUAAAGGGAAGAACUGUUAGAUCAACGGAAUCUGUCAAGUUUAGAAGAUGAAGACGCCUGUCUGAAUUGAGGAGCAGUUAUGAGCUCUGCGAAAAUAAGUUGUCUAUGUUAUAAAUAUUACCAUUAAGGCAAGUAUUUAUGCAAGUAUUUCCCAGAAUGUCGGUAAGAGCCUGACUUCAAAACCACUAAUUUAGCUGCAAUGUUAAUGUAUAAAGUUAAGUCUUAAUACAAAACAGAUAAUAAAAGUCUUAAUAGUCAAUCUUCGUGGGUCUUAUAUUUCUCGCUAUAGUUUCGCCUGCAGUUUUGCUCGCGUAAAACUAAAAUUUCCAGUUUUCCCAUUUUAGUGGAACUUUGGGAAAUUGAUACAACAAAAUUCAAUUGCCAAGACUCAAUAUUUAAUCAAAUGUUUUGAACAUGAUUUUUGUUUUAAAUAAUUAAAAGCCUUUAGGUUAAUUGCGAAUUUAAUUCCACUAUCGAAGAUAAAAUUAAGGGUUGCAUAAACAUAAUUUACAUAAAAUAACGUUUAAGAGACUUGUUAUUUGAUAGGUAUUUAAUUAUAGGAAUCAAAAUUGUUGCUAUUAUUGACAGCGGAUAAAAAUCAUAAAUUUAGGUGGCAUUAUUAUUUCUUUGUUAUUAUUUGAGAAGAUAUUAUAGAUAACCAGUAUCUUUGGUCUAGCCGGCCCUAGUAUUUGUGCACAUGAUGUUAACAAUGUCAUUUGCCUUAAAUAUGAGCACUAAGGUGUGCAGGGUUGGUUGAUCUGACACAAGCGAUAAGAAAAAAAAAAGACUUAAUUAAUUAUCACUGCCAAACGCCGAAACACGAUAAGAUUUAUUUUGUGAUGUAAGUAAUUAUAAUUUAUAUAAUUAAAUAGAA